ACGUGCGAGCAGACGACAGGCCAACGUUCGCUUUCAGGGUAGUUUUUCCUGGCAAAGAUGAUAAUGUUGCACAGAAGUGCUAAUUACUGAGUUUAAUGACCGUUACGUUUUGUGGACUAAAAUUAAACGGGUCGUGACGUGUUUAGCCUGGCUAGCUUGUGUUCGCUUAGCAGCGCUGCUAGCUUAUGUUAGCUCAUUUCUGCUAUCUCUGUGUUUCAUGGCAGGAAGAGGAGAUGAAUGACGUCAAAAUAGAACAAAAUGCUACUGAAGGAGAUGAGCCGCCGCUGCCCAAGGCAAGCGCGGGGGCGUCCAAGCGGCGCCACCGCUGCUCGCUGUGCGACCGAGACUUCUCGUGUCCGUCCCGCCUGUCUGACCACAUGGCGGCGCACGCCGGUGAGAAGCCGCACGCGUGUCCCGUGUGCGGCAAGCGCUUUAGCAAGAAGGUCAACGUGAAGGCCCACCAGCGGGUGCACACGGGCGAGAAGCCGUACUCGUGCCCCGACUGCGGCGUCAGCUACUCUCAGCCGGGCUGCCUGCGCCGCCAUCGCCUGCGCCACGCCCCGGAGAAGCAGCACCUCUGCGGGGUGUGUGGGCGGGGCUUCCUGCAGCGCCGCUACCUGCUGCAGCACCAGCGCUCGCACACGGGCGAGCGACCCUUCGCCUGCCCGCUCUGCCCCAAGCGCUUCGCCUCCACUGGCGGCCUGUCGGAACACCGCCACUCGCAUGCGGCGGACGCCCGUUACUCGUGCCACUUGUGCCGCAAGGUGUUCUCCACGGCAUCGGCCUUCCGCGACCACGCCACGCUUCACACGGGCCGCAAGUCACACCCCUGCUCGCUGUGCAGCAGGAGCUUCAACAGACCCGGCCUGCUCAGGAAGCACCUGCUCAAACACCUGCAGCUCGCCGUGCCGUCUGACGGCGGCGAGGAAGUGGAGCUCUCGCAGGAACCGCCUUCGUUGCCAGGAAGCGGGAAGAAGAGGAGGAAGAUGCUCCACGUGUGUGACGUGUGUGGGCGGAGCUUCACCAGACCCUACAAGCUGAAGGAGCACCUGGAGGUUCACGGGGCCCAGAAGCUGCACGACUGCUCGCACUGCGGGAAGUCGUUCGCCAACGCCACCAACCUGAAAGCUCACCAGAAGAUCCACACGCUUGACAGGCCGCACUCUUGCAGCGUCUGCUCCAAGCGCUUCCUGCGGCCCUACGAGCUGCGCAAGCACAUGAGGAUCCAUGUCCGCCAUAGCCUGUUGGACGCCGCCGCCGCAAGCUCCGCCCCCAAACAGCCUGAUAGUCCGGCAGGUGUGCCGGUAGAGACGGCGUCACUUCCUGCGGAAGACCUGCAGCGCCAGCAUCUGCCUGGUAACCUUAGCAGCGAGGAUGCUGUGAAGGAGGACGACGACGAAGGACGUGUUAGCGGUCUGAUUAAUUCUGAUGGUGAAGAAGAAGACUGGAGCUCCGCUGUGGCACCAGAGGGCGACGCAGAGGUGCAGUCAGACGAGGACAAGCGCAGGCACGUCUGCCCUGUCUGCGCUCGUGACUGCUUCAAGGCGUCGGCGCUGCUUAAGCACCUGCGCGUUCACUCGGGCGAGCGUCCCUUCCAGUGCGCCACCUGCAAGAAGAGCUUCACGCAGCAGGUGCAUCUCAAGGAGCACCGGCGGAUCCACACGGGCGAGAAGCCGUUCUCGUGCGAGCAGUGCGACAAGAGCUUCACCUUCUCCAGCGCUCUGCGCCGCCACCAGCGGCUGCACGCUGACACGCGACCGUACGCAUGCAGCGAUUGCCCCAAGACCUUCAAGCAGCCCAGCGCGCUCAAGAGCCACCAGCUCGUCCACUCGGACGUGCGCCAUCAGUGUCCCGUGUGCAACAAGAGCUUCAGCCGCACGCUGGAACUCCGCUACCACGUGGACGUGCACGCUGCCGGCCGCCCGUACAUGUGCCGCGUCUGCAUGAAAGACCUGAGCGGCGCCCGAGCUUUCCGCAAGCACAUGAAGCGGCACCAGGCCGCCAGCUCGCCGCCUCAGACGAGCACUUCCGCUUCGCUAGGCUAACCAAAUUAUGAUGUUGUCAUAGCAACAGCACCACACAAAUAAAACACUUGCUCAGCACA